AUGUUUCCACCUUCGCCAACUCCAAUGUUUCCGUCUUCGUCAUCCUCGGAUGUACUGCCUCCACUCAUGUCAUUACCAGAUACCACUUCUACACCAUCACCACCAACUGUUCCACCAUCUUCCAUUUCGGAGUCAGUGUCGGAUGGUGCUGCCUCCCAUGUUUCUGCUUUUCAUCCAUCCAAACCCUUUCUUCUUUAUGCUACUUUAUUCGUUAAUAAUACACUCUUACAUACUCUUAUCGAUACUGGUGCUUCUGCUACUUGUGUUAAUUUACAAGUACUUCAACAGCUUUCCAAUGUUCGUUAUGCUGAUCGUCAAUCUCGUUCUUUUCUUUUAGCCGAUGGAGUUUUGCCGCUUAGUAGUACUGGUCUCGUUGAACUUUCUAUGAACAUUAACAAUGCUUGUAUUUCUUUUUAUGCACUCACUGCCGAGAAACUUUGCGUUGAUCUUAUCCUUGGCAUGGAUUUUAUGAUUGCCUUUCAUGCCAUUAUCGAUAUCCAUUCGCAGCAACUCUCAAUUAACGUUGCUAAUCAACGUAUUAUUAUUCCUGUUGAUGAUCCGUUACGUCGUCCACUCGUUCCAAUUCGUGCUGCUCGAUUUACCUGUAUUCCUCCUCAAUCAAGUGUCGAUGUUAUGAUUUCGUGUCCUAUUUCUUGUUUAUCGGCAUAUUUUCUUCCGGCUUCUACGUUUUUUACUCAUUCGUCUUUGUCCUGUUCGCAGCUUACCAUUCAAGUUCAACAUCAUUAUUCCUCUCUUCGGGUGUUGAACCACUCAUCUCUACCACACGAGAUCCCUCGGCAUUUCUGUUUGGGUUAUUUACUUAGCCAUCAGGCGCAGCUUCCAUCUUAUAUCGAUCAACUUUCGGUUCUCUGCCGUCGUCAAAAUGAAAAGAAGAACGCGCAACUUUUUCCUGCUAUAGUUGUUUCCACUGAAUCUCCUUCAUUCGGCUCAUUACCUUCUCCAUCGAUUGCCGAUCUUCCUGCGCCGUUACCUACAUCUGCAUCUCCUUCAUUAUGCUCAUUACCUUCUCCAUUGCUUGCCGAUCUUUCUGCAAUGUUGCCUACACCUGAAUUACCGCAACCUAUGGCAGCGUUGGUUCAUCAUUUAGUUGAUCCUUAUCGUAAACGUCAAUUUUCUCUUCUUCUAAACCGGUAUACUCCUCUUUUUGACAAUUCGCGCCAUAAUAUUUCUGAUAUUGUCAUUGAAAAUGUCUUUAAUACCGUUCCACAUACGCCUCCGGCUUUUCGGCCUCAUCGUAAUCCACACACUCGCGAAGAGACUCGGCGCCUUAUUGAUGAAUUUCUGGAAGCUGGUCUAAUUCGUGAAUCCAAUUCUCCUUAUGCGGCUCCCGCUUUCAUUGUGCCUCGUAAAGAUGAUCGUCCUGGUCGACUGGUGGUGGACUAUCGUGCGCUUAAUAGGAUCACUAUUCCUGAUGCUAGUCCUCUUCCUCAUGGAGAAGAUCUUUUACAAGAACUGGGCAAGGGAUAUACAUGUUUCAGUAAACUUGAUUUAAAGUCGGGCUACCAUCAAUUCCGUUUACCAUCUGUUGAUUGCGCUAAAACCGCCUUUGUUGUCUCUCAAGGUCAUUACGAAUAUUUAGUUCUUUCCAUGGGUCCACAGAAUGCGCCGGCCGCCUUUCAGAAAAUGAUGUCGCAAAUCAUGAAACCUUGUCGCGACUUUAGUAUUGUUUAUUUGGAUGAUAUUGUGUUGUUUUCAAAAACCUUCGAUGAGCAUCUACAUCAUUUGCAAUUGGUUUUUGAUGUUCUUUCAAAAGCAAAACUCGUUCUCAACGUUGUCAAAUGUGAAUUAGCUGUCGAAUCGGUGAUUGCUCUUGGUCAUAAAAUUACUGCGACAACUAUCACACCCACUGAUGAUGCUAUUCAGGAUAUUUUAGCGUUGACGGAACCUCGUACUCUUAAAGAAGCUAACAAGUUUUUGGGUGGCUUGGCUUAUUAUCGCAAAUUUGUUCCAGGUUUUGCUGAUAUUGCUGCACCGAUUCAUAAGGUAACCAAUCUUACGAAAUCUCGUCGACAUCUUUUUCAGUGGUCAUCUGAACAAUCCGCGGCUUUCCGUGCACUUAAACAAUUACUCACAUCUGCGCCUCUCUUUCUUCGCUUUCCUAUUGAGGGAUUUCCUCUUCAACUGGCUACUGAUGCUAGUGGGAUAGCUACUGGUGGUGUUUUAUAUCAAGAUAUUAAUGGUGAACGUCACAAUCUUUUUUAUCAUUCGAAACUUUUAUCGGUUGUUGAACAGAAAUAUUCGGUUCCGGAAAAGGAAGCGUUAGCCAUCUUUCUUUGUUUACAACGCAUGCGCACGCUCGUUCUAGGUCGUCCUGUUUAUAUUCAUACGGAUCAUUGUCCGAUUUGUGGUAUGCUUCAGAAACCUGUCAACAAUCGUCGUAUUGAACGUGUAGCUAAUUUAAUUCAAGAAUACCAAAUAGUCGAAAUGAAACACAUCGAUGGCAAAGCGAAUUGUCUCGCUGAUUUUCUUUCUCGUCCGUUUGAUGAUCCACUUUUUGAUCUUCCAUAUGGUCUUGAAAGUAAACUUCCCCUCGACGGUGCAUCUGAUAAUCCUCAAGGUGGUCAUUCGCUUCAACAAUUAUCAGCGAUGACUCUACGUCCUCGUUCAAAACCGAUUCCUCACCAUCCACCUGCUGUUGCUUCACGUGAGCUUUUUCUAUCCGAUGAUGAUCAUGAUUCCAUCAUGUCAGACGACGACCUCGGUUCCGUUACUUCUGCGAGGGGUCUCGAUUCGGACAACUACGCUACGGAUCUCGAUUCUGAUAUUUCUGCUACAGAUCUCGAUUUUGACCAUCCUGAUGAUCGUUCGAUUCACUCAUCGGCUUCGUCUACCUCGUCGGCAUUGUUUCUCUCUACCGUUCCGUCGCCGAAUACAUUCGAUGCAUCUCUGCUCCUAGAUGCUCAACAACGUGAUCCUGAUAUUAUUCGUAUCUGUCAUCAAUUGACUGAUUGUACUGCUCCAUCAUCUAUUACUUCUUCAUUUACACUUCAAAAUAAUAUUCUUCAUAAACUAGUUUCUCCUACUUCAUCAUCUACUAGUACAGUAGCUAUACCUUAUUUGCCGUCUUCAAUGAUUAAUUCUCUUCUCAUUGCUACUCACGAUGAUCCAUACCAAGGUGGUCAUUUUUCUGUGGACAAAAUGUAUUCUAAGCUCCGCUCUCGCUAUUGGUGGCCCCGUAUGCGUCACUCUAUUCAACAACAUGUCCGCGCUUGUGUUGCCUGUCAGCAAUACAAUUUUUCUCGCGAAAAGCCACCUGGAUAUCUUCAUCCUAUGGCACCUACAGCUGUUCCGUUUUCGAUUAUUGGUAUUGAUUAUUGUGGUCCUUUUGUGAUGUCUUCCAGCGAUAAUAAAUAUGUUCUCGUGGUUACUGAUCUAUUUACUCGAUUUGUCACUGCUGUGCCUUUGCCAGUGAAUACGGCUAAUAUCACUGCCGUUACUCUUUUUCGUCAUGUCUUUUGUAAGUAUGGUGUUUGUUCUACACUUAUUAGCGAUCAAGGUAGUCAUUUUAACAACCAUCUUAUGCGCGCUUUUCAACACCUUCUCGGUUAUCAUCAUAUUCUCAGUACUCCUUACCAUCCACAGUCGAAUGGUAUUGUCGAACGUUUCAAUGCGUCUAUGGUUAUUCAAAUUUCCAAGCUCCAUCAACAACAUCACAAUAAUUGGGAUGCUUACUUGGAUGCUGUCGUCUUUGCUUACAAUACUUCUCAACAUAAAACUACGAAAUUUUCGCCGUUUGAACUUUUGUUCGGUCGUUCUCCUCAACUUCCGAUUGAUGAUCCACCGCGUGAAUUUUCUUUUGAUCGCCCUAACGAUUGUUUUGUUCAUCUUCAAAGGGUACUUGAUGUCUACCAUCAACAGGCCAAAGCCAAUAUUCUCUCUCAGCAAUCUUCCAGUAAAAUUCGGUAUGAUCAUCGUCGUAGGGAUCCUCAUUAUAAAGUGGGUGAUCCUGUUUUCACAAAGAUCUUCACUUCUCGUACGAAACUUGAUCCGCGUUACUCUGCUGAUCCUCAAAUCAUCAUUGAUCUUCAUCAUCCCACAUACACUGUUCGUAAUUUAACUACUGGUACUGAACGUUCUUAUCAUGUGUCUGAUUUACGUCCGGUACUUGUGGAUGUUGGUGAGAACUUGAUUUAA